AUGCUAGAUUCCCUUGUAGAGGGAAGGGAGGGUUCAGUUAUGGCAGAUGUUCCUGUGAAGAAAGAAAUGAAAAAAGAAAUGAGGAAAGUAUUGUUCGACUGCAAGAUGCACUACACCAAGUCCCUUUUGUGUAUUAAGAGAAACAGUACAUCUCUGUUCCCAGAAGAUAUAUGCCAGAACAUAAGCUGCAUUACUUUAGCAUGGCUGUAUCCCCUUAAGGUUCUAAUGACACUGCCUGUAAAGCCUCGGAAAAGGAUGAAGCAGAAAGACCUACUACAUCACACUGUCGUCCUCCUCUUUCUCUUCAUUCACACCUCAGCAGUUAAUCCUACAGAAUCCCCAGUGUCUUGUUUCACCACCUUGCUCCGCACAAUCAAUUGCUUUUGGAAUCCAAUUCUAGAAGACCAUGUAGUUGCAAACUAUACACUGAGCGUAACCGAACAGAGAGGACAUUGUGUGAGAGACUAUGGGGAGCCAAUACUGUGCCAUCCAAAGAAAGGAGAACUGUCCUGCUCAGUGACCGUCAAGAACUUCUAUGCUGAAUACAAAAUUUCAUUGCUGGCUUCCAGUAUAUCUCAGCAAGCCAGGAUGCACAGUUUGUGUUUCAGUGCAGCUCACGUUGUGAAGCUAGAUCCUCCAGUAAUCGAGACUGUGCUGCCCAAGUCGGGAAGGAGUGAUUGCUUGGUUAUCCAGUGGACAAACCAUAACAGAAUACAUUUACUAGAUGAAGUGGUGUGUGUGAUUCAGUUUGAAGAAAAGGACAGCAAGCCACGCAAAACAGAGAAAAUAUUACAGGAGUUGCCUGAUGAUUCCGCAAUGUUCCAUGAAGAGUGUGAAUUACCACCAUUCUCUAACUAUACCAUCCAGAUGCGGAUAGUCAGCAAAUCCUCAAUAGUAUAUUGGAGUGAUUGGAGUAAGGCGGUGGCAGCAGUAACUCCAGAAGCAGCGCCAUCUAGAGGACCAGCGGUGUGGUGGAAGAUCACUGGUUUUGAUGCAGAUGGAAGGAGGGAGUGUAUUAUUCUGUGGAAGCCUCUGAAGAAAAACGAAGCAAACAGCAGAAUUCUGAAGUACAAGGUUUACUAUAAGCAGGAUGGAAAACAGUCCGCUCUCCCAGUAUGUUCCACUACAGAAUUUCAGUGUGCGAUUGUAGUACCUCUUGAGUCGUACUCUAUUUCUGUUUUUGCUCUGAGCACCAUGGGGAUAUCACCUCCGACCACAAUAACAAUUCCCCCAGCAAGCCAAAAAGCAGCAUUACCCUUGCUUCAUGUUACGUGUUCUUCCACUGAAGAUGGCCUUCUGGUCAGGUGGCAACCAGUAUACUCCCAAGCAUCAACAGCUUACAUCAUUGACUGGUGUGAGUUUUUCAAUGAGAAUGUGUGCAACAACACCCGGUGGCAAAUAGAACCAGGCAAUGUCACCCAAGUACACAUUAAAGAGGGAAAGGAAUGCCUGAAGUACACCAUUCGUGUCAGUGCUCUGCAGAACCAUUCUGUCACAGAAGAACAUACAACACAUUACUACUGGAAGCAGACAGCUCCACGGGUGGGACCUGAAGUGCGUGCAGAACACAUUGAAAAAUUUAGAGUACAACUUGCCUGGGAUAUAAUUCCAGACACCUUGCGCUGUGGGUUUAUACAAAAUUAUACACUUGUUGUUCAACACCAACAAGGAAGUUCUUUCUCAUAUGUAGUGAACAGCUCUGUUCACCAUUACACCUUGUUAGAUCUCAGUCCGGGUUCAAACAUAACAGUUCAUGUCAUGGCCUCAACUGAUGGAGGAAGCACCUCAGGACCUGAUAUUGUCAUCAGAACUGGAGACACUGAUCAAGAUGGGAAGGGACUGUUACUGACUCUACUGGGCCUUAUGUUAUUUUUCCUUUUGGUCCCUGUGUUUCUGGCCUUCCUCUACAAGAAACUGUUUUACAGACUGAGAAAACAUUUUCUGCCUCAUGUUCCAGACCCAGCUAAAAGCAGCCUGUGUAGCUGGAAGCCACAAAACAUCCAUCAGGGUCUUAGCUGUAUUAGGUCUCUGUGA